UUUCCUCUGUUACGCUCUCCACCAACUCAAUUCUACACUCAUACCAAAAUUCCCUAAAUACCUAUUCUUUCCAGCAUCAUAUCUCAUCUUGAAGAUUUACGCUGAUGCAGCGCAUACCCUCAUGGAAUCUUGACACACCUGAUAAUUUCUCUAACUUCAACUUUAACUUGUUUUCUUUUUCUCUAAGUUUUUAACAAUCAAAGCUAAAACCAAAUCCAUUGUUAUCUCUUUUCUCUUACUCAUGGCAACCACAUUCACGUUUAUCCGACCCCCAAUCAUCCGGGCUUCUGCGGGCUCGCCGGCAAAGCCCGAUCCCAACAACAGGAAGGCCGUUUCUUCCAAUUGGUGGGCCCCUCUGUUCAGUUGGCCCGCGGAAGCGGACUACAUCAGCCCAAAUCCGAGCAAAAAACCAGAUCUGGAGCGAGAGCUGAACCGGCCCGGUUCAAGGUUCGCUGGGUGCUUCACAGAAGAGAAGGCGAAACAGCUGCGGAAGAAAACGGUAGAAACGUCGACGUUUCAUGACAUCAUGUACCACUCUGCUAUCGCCUCCAGACUCGCCUCCGAUAUUUCAAAAGGGUACGAGAAAUAGGAAUUCUGUUGCUUUUCAAUUUUCAAUUCGUCGACUUUAAUUAAUUUUCAAAAACUCUUUCAACUGUUCAUGAUUUGGGACAAUCUGUAAUGUAUAAUAUUUGUGCAUGAUUUGUUUA